AUGGUAUCCGCCCAGUGGCACCCUCCUCACGCGGAAGAUCAGCCAUAUGCGCACCUCAUUCUCACCACCCAUGUCUUCGACCGUGGUUUCCAAGCGGGCUCCGUGCUCGGAGUAGCCGUUGGAAUUCUCUCGGUGGCCAGCAUCAUCACGCGCUCGACCGGAUCCGCUGCCUUCCUCGGCUCGUGCGCCAUGACAAUCGUGCUCCCUAUUCGCAUGGCAGGCAAGGAAAGAAUCGAGUGGCAGGAUCGGGCCUGGAGGUUGCUCGAGAAUAAGGGGCAGGUGGAGGUCGAUACUUGGUCUUCAAUAGGGAUGACGGCCGGAAUCGGAAUGACAGCUGUGAUCAUGAGGAGGAAUGCGCUGCGACUGGAAGUGUGGAAGCAUCUGGUUGGGGGAGCUGCACUUGGGAAUCUGGCUGGUGUUGUCGGAUAUCUGGGGUGGAGAUAUGGCGUGAAUGGAGGGCAUACAGAUUGA